AUGGGGGAGUUGAAGAACCAAAUGGGAAAGAUAACCACAUCUAUAGGGCUUCUCCAACAAGAAAGGGGCAAGUUUCCUACUCAGCCACAAGCCAACCCACAAGGCCAACUCCUCAUUGGUAGUUCUUCCGUACCACCGCCUGAGCAAGCUCAAGCAAUAAUUACUCUAAGGAGUGGCAAGGCAGUCAACAAUCUUGUGAUCAACUCGCUGGUUACUCCUAUUCUACUGCCAUUAUCGACAUCAACAAGUUCUACUGCAACAGAGGAAUGUAUCGAGCAAGCUCCGGAGGAAGACGGGGAAUCUCCCGUGAAAGGUUCAAAGGAAGCUGAGACCACUUCAAGGCCACAGCAAAUUCGUUCAUACGCCAAGUUCUUGAAGGACUUGUGCACCCAAAAAUGCAAGCUUAAUGUGCACAAGAAGAUGCUUCUUACCGAGCAAGUUAGCCAAAUUUUCCAAAUGAAUCUUGCACCUAAAUACAAAGACCCCGGAUGUCCUACAAUUGCAAUUACUAUUGGAGGUAAGAGAGUAGAGCAAACUCUUUUGGAUUUAGGUGCGAGUGUCAAUUUGCUACCUUAUUCGGUGUAUCAAGAGUUGGGUUUGGGGGAGAUGAAGCCUACGCGGGUUACUCUUCAAUUGGCGAAUAGGAGUGUCCGAAUUCCUCGUGGUAUGGUGGAAGAUGUAUUGGUCCAAGUUGAUCAAUUUGUAUAUCCGAUGGAUUUUGUCGUAUUGGAUACUUGUCCGACGUCUUCAUCACCAUUGUCUACUCCUAUUAUUCUUGGACGGCCGUUUCUAGCAACCUCGGAUGCUGUAAUCAAUUGUUGGAAUGGGCUAUUGAACAUGUCCUUCGGUAAUAUGAAGAUGGCGGUUAAUAUGUUCAACGUUAGGGUUCAAAUGGGUGACGAUGACGAUUGUCAAAAUGUCAGUCUUGUGGAUACGCUUGUGCAAGAACACGUUGAUGAAUUCUUGUUUAAAGACUCUUUAGAGGUGGUUUUUACCUCCGAAGAGGCCGUUUUUCUUGAAUCCGAUGAGUUGGAGUCCUUUUCCUUACUUAAUGAAGAAGAUGGCGAUGAAGGAAUUUGUGGAGUUGCACCGUGGUUUCCAAAGUUUGAAGAGUUGCCUCCUCUUGAGCGGAAAAUAGUACCUUCUAGCGUCGAACCGCCUAUUCUUGAGUUGAAAGCACUACCGGACACUUUGAAAUAUGCGUUCCUUGGCGAAAGCAAUACAUUUCCGAUGGUCAUAUCGUCUUCCCUUGAGAAACUCCAAGAAGAGAAAUUGUUGGUAGUUUUACGGAGGCAUACAAAGGCAAUAAGAUGGACUAUCGCGGAUAUUCAAGGCAUCUCUCCUUCUCUAUGCUCUCAUCACAUUUACUUGGAGGAGGAUGUUAAACCAUCGCACCAACCUCAACGCCGGCUCAAUCCAAUUAUGAAAGAUGUUGUCCGGGCAAAAAUUCUUAAAUUGCUUGACGUUGGGAUUAUCUAUCCCAUCGCCGAUUCUAAGUGGAAUGACAAAGGUGAGCUUGCCCCGACCCGUGUGACUACUGGGUGGCAAGUGUGCAUAGACUAUCGCAAGUUGAAUGCAAGCACACACAAGGAUCACUUUCCUCUUCCCUUCAUUGAUCAAAUCUUGGAGAGAAUCGCCGGUCAUGCCUUUUACUAUUUCCUUGAUGGUUAUUCGGGCUAUAACCAAAUAGAAGUGGCCUUAUCUGACCAAGAGAAAAUAACGUUCACAUGCCCAUUCGGGACCUUUGCUUAUAGACGCAUGUCAUUUGGUUUGUGUAAUGCUCCUGACACCUUUUCUAGGUGUAUGAUGGGAAUUUUCAGUGAUAUGGUUGAAAAAAUUGUAGAAGUUUUUAUGGAUGACUUCUCCAUAUUUGGUGACUCAUUCGAGUCUUGUCUUGUCAAUUUGGAGAAGGUCUUAACGAGAUGUUAA